AAAAAUGAUGUUUUAUGCUGUACUAUACCUUUUGAUGCCAGAGAUGAAUUUGUUGGUGACGUUGUAAUGAAAAAAAAAAAAAUAUUUUGCGCCAUUUUCUUUUGGGGUGUAAAAUAAACAAAAGUUCCUUUAUUUUUGGUUUUUUUUUUCCCUCAUUACUCUUUUUUUUUCCCCUCAUUCUAUAAAUAAUACAAAAUGUUUGCUAAAUUACAUCGCCUUGCUCUUGAUAGACCUUCUGUAUUUUGGUCAUUAGUGUUUGGAUCCAUUGGUCCCAUCAUGGUGUGGACUGUUCCAAAAGUUAGACGUGAAUAUUUUGGAUUUAAAGGUUACGAACCUCUUCCUAUCACAUAUCCUCUCCCUAAUCGUGCUCGCACUCCUACUAGUGGUUAUGAGGACAGCGAAUAAUAUCAAAUGUAUAUUUCUCUCUUUUUUUAAUUUUAUUUAUUUUAUUGCAAAAGAAGAUAACAGUAAUAAAUAAUAAU